AAUAAAACGGUUUCAACUUAUUAAAUUAGUAUAUACAACUUUAAAAACAAAUUUAAAAUGGCAAAACUUUAUGUAACAUUGGCAGUUUUCUGUAUUUUUGGAGCUGUUUUAGUUAAAGGAUUUGAUAAGAAAGAAGCUAUAGCCGGAUUUAUGGCUAAAAUGGAUGAUUGCAAAGCUGAAGUUGGAGCCAAGGAUGUUGAUGUUGAAGAAUUAGUGGGUAAAAAACCUGCCUCGACCAUGGAAGGAAAAUGUUUACGCUCAUGUCUCAUGAAGAAAUAUGAAGUGAUGGAUAAUAAUGGUAAAUUUGUUAAAGAAGUUGCUGUAUCACAUGCUGAAAAAUAUACAGAUGGUGCCGAAGAUAAAAUGAAGAUUGCUCAAGAAAUAAUUGAUGCUUGCAGUGGCAUUGAUGUUCCUGCUGAUCACUGUGAAGCUGCCGAAAAGUACGGAAAGUGCUUCAAAGAUGAGUCUCUUGCCCAUGGCCUUAAAGAUAAAUUAGAUUUUUAAAAGUAAAAAAAUAAAUGAUUUGAGAUUUAAAAUUGGAUGACGUUUGUUA